AUGCAGGAAGUGGACCGCACCCAGGCAGGCUUGCAGCGGGCGUUCAGUGUCCUGGACCGCCUGCUGCUCACUCAUCCUGUGUGGCUGCAGCUGUCACUCAACCAGGACUCAGCUCUAUACAUCCUGCUCAGAGAGCCUAUUGGGACUUUUCUGGUUCGUAAGUGCAGCUCCAGCCAGAGGAAGGUACUGUGUUUGAGGGUGACAGCUGACAGAAGUGCCUCCUCUGUUAAGGAGUGCUUCAUCUGUGAGGAGGACUCCACAUUCGCCUUGGAGAGCUCAGCACUCAGCUUCCCGGACCUAUGUCGUCUGGUGGCCUUCUACUGCAUCAGCAGAGAUGUCUUGCCAUUUCCUCUUCAGCUACCAGAGGCCAUUGCCAAUGCCACAACACACCGGCAGCUGGAAGCCAUCUCUUACAUGGGGCAGGACUUUUGGAGCUCACCGAGUGCUUUAGACAUCCAAAAUGGGCCUUUAGGGCCUGUUGCAUCAACCAGCAGCACCCAGUCCCAAAUGGGAGGGACUCAAGACAGAUGUUCUUUUAUGACAAGAGGCAAACAAGGCAAAGUCUGCUUCAUCAACCCCCUCUUUCUUCAGUUGGAGGUUAGCAAGCAACAGCCACAGCACACAAACCACAGCGCCUCCAAUAAACGGCACCGCUUCAAGCGCAGCAUGCGUCUGCGGCUUUCAGAGUCCUCCAUGAAUUUGUCCCUGGAAGGCGUGGGUUCCUACUCACCUCCCCCAUCGCUGGAGCAACCUGGAGGCUCGGAGGGGCUGCACAAAUCUAGUCCUAAUCCUCAAAGAAGAGUACAUGCAGGGGCUUGUGUCCUGAGGAGAACCCCAGCAGUAUCACCUGGGUCAGCAGAGGAAGAUGACAUGAUGGCAGUAUAUGUGCCACAGACAUCUGCUGCUGCUGAUGAAACACCCAAGUUCCAUCAGGAGGCAGGCAUCGAGGGAACAGUUCUGGGCUUGGAGCACCGGCCAGCUCCGUCCUUGGCUGAGCUUGACAGCUGUAGCUCCUUUAGCAGCAUGGAUGACGAAAAUGACUCAGCGUCAGAACCAGAAAGCAUGUCCCAGACCCAAACAAACACCUUCCACCGCCCUCCGCUCGUCCGCUCACGAGGCCGUGGAGGCCUGCAUCGCAUGAGUGAAGCAUUUGUGUGUUUUUUUGCGCCUGACAAGCGCCUGACUCGACUGGUGGAGGAACUGGCAAGAGACAGGCGCUCAGUGUUCAGAGAUAUGAUUCAGGAUUUCCUCCAGGAGCAGAGAAAGGUGCUUAAAACAUUGAGCACCUCUUCCACAUCUUCAUCCACAGGUGUAUCUUCAGUGCAGCUUCUGCAAGGUCUGCGCCUCUUCCUGUCACAGGCAAAGUGUUGCUUGUUGGACAGCAGAGAACUUGAGCCUCCCAUUGAAACUCUUGUGCCAGAGAAUGAGAAAGACCUGGCACUAGAGCGAGCUAUGUUCUCCUGCAUCCUCCGGCCUUUAAAGUGCCCGCUUGAGAAAGCCCUGACAGCUUUUCACAACCAAGAUGGCUCCACCCAGCUCCUCACACAGAACAUGCUCCGACUGAAAGGGAACGGUGCCAUGGAGAGGCUGGGCGUGCGGACUGGGGUCCCCGAUAUCCGGGAGGUGGAGAGGGUGAAGCAGAAACUGAUCCUCAUGCAGCGGACGCACUCGCCUAUUGAUAAGGUGCUGUUACUGCUCCAAGUGUGCAAGUUUGUGCACAAGGCGAUGGGGACCUUACAUGGAGAAGAUGUAAGCUGGGAUGACUUUCUUCCUGCGCUAUCCUAUGUGAUAGUAGAAUGUAACAGGCCUCAGCUGCUUAUAGAGGUGGAGUACAUGAUGGAGCUGCUGGAGCCUUCCUGGCUUGGCGGAGAGGGUGGCUACUAUCUGACCAGCGUAUAUGCUAGCCUGUGUCUGAUCCAGAGCCUGGAGCAGGAUCCACCUUUUUCUGGCUGUCUAACACCACAAGUGCAGGAUGCUUUGAAGGAGUGGAGCAGUCGACGGACCCUGGAGGCCCAAAAACAAAAAGAGACCCAACAGAGCCAAAGGUGCGUUCGGAUACUGUUCCAGGACGGGGAGCGGAGCGCUGUGCGGACGUUGCAGUGGAGAGCCGGGGAGACCAGCCAGGCCCUGGCGCAGCUGUGUGCGUCCACCUUCGGAGUGUCCGACCCACAGCAAUAUACACUGUACUGGCGCAGCGGUGGCGAGAUGAGGGCCCUGCCGUCCCACGCCCAGCCCCAGGACCUGGCUGGGCACAGCGAGGGGGGGCCCUCGCUCUCCUACCUGAGGACCGACCACGACUUCAGCAAGAUGCGGCGGCUCACCAGAGGUGGCGCCGUGGACCUGAGCGAGUCAGUGUGCGAGGAGUGAGUGGGAGGCACAGAGGAAGGAGGAGGGGGAGAUGGAUGGAUGGUUGGUGUUUUUCUCUGUCUCUUUCUCUCUCUGUCUCCUCUCUCCGGCGGUGUGCUGUGCCUCGUCACGGAUCGGGACUUUUUGUGAAAAACUACAGUCCUAGACCCAUCCUGGUCCUAAACAGGACCGGAUCAGAGCAAAGAAAACUUACUGAGAGUUCUGCCACACUUGAGGCUGCUUGUGUAAAAGGAGUGUACUAUUUGUGACAUGGAAAAUAUGUAAUAAAUGGAUAUGAUUGUUUUUUUUUUCCUGCAACCUGAACCCAGAGUUAUACCAUGAAGGGAUUACAUCAUUAAGAGACGUGGAGGCUCAAAUCCAAAGAAUACAAAUUCUGCGAGACUACUGUUGCCUAGAAACAAAACCACUUCCUGUACGCACUUAGGGAGGCAAAUUGUCCAAGGUGGUGAUGUAACCCUUUUACGGUGUAAGUCUGGGUUAAAUCUUAAAGACACUUGGAUGUAUUAUUGCUUCACUUUCUGUGCAAAAAUUGGCUGAUGUUUAACGGUGGGGAUGCAACCUUUUCUGUGGUUUGCGAGAUGUGUUAUAGCCAAGACCAAACUGCAGUACCAAAGUGACAUGCAUCAAGAAGAGGGGAAAUUUGGGGCUGUCUAGUUUGAAAAAAAAAUGGGAUUUGAAAUGAGCUGUGUUUAAGAACCUCCUGCAGAGAUGGUUUUAUAUUUGCUUGUUGGAGAGAAGGCGCAGUUUUUUGCUGGUGAAAUACCUAAAUGAAAGGAAGGUGACAAAAAAGUUUCAUUUGUUUUAUGUCUAAGGCCAUGUCUACAAUAAUAAGGGUAUUUUGAGAUAUGGGCAAUGGAGAGCAAAUAUUUUUGAGUUUUACCAAGGCUGCAAUCACCAUAAAAAUGAGGAAAGGAUUAUUUUAAAAAUCCUCACACGCCUUUUUGUUUCCAUCAGGGCUACAUCAAGUUGUCAAUCCCUAAAGCCAGAUACCACACAAUUAUUCUUUGAUCAAAUUUUUAGCGAUAGAUGAAUAUGACAAUUAGUCAUCCUACUCCUGUCAAAAGAAAAACACCACAUUUUGGGAACCGAAUUUUAAAAUUAGUCAUCAACUUAGAGAUAUAUAUUUUUUUUAGAUAUUUAAUGAGUAAAUAAUUGAAAAGCCUUUUAGAGAACCUUAAAGGCCAAAACAUACUCUGGGCAAAAGAUUUGUUCUCUAUCACAGGAACAAUUAAUGGAAGGCAAAGUUAUUUUCUUAAAGUUUUAUUGACGCAUCAUCAGAGCUGAUCUGUUUCUCUUAUGUGGAGCCUAAAAACUAUUUAGUGAUUGGUCAGAGAUUGAACUUUAGGGAUUGAAAUUUAGGAAUUUCAAGAGAUUGAAAUUUAGGGAUAUUUUAUCCUUAGGAAAUGUGGACUUUUAAACUUUUAGAUUUCAGGAAGACUUUUAAAAAAAAUUAUAGCUUUGCUCUUUUACUUACAACUAUUAAGUUCUUUCUUGCUGAGACACUUUAUUCGUUGUCAGUAAACUCUUGUGCUCACAGAACGAUGGAAAUCUGGCUAUGCAUUAACCAUGCCUGCUUUAUAUUUUUGGCCAAUUGCAGAACCCCGGGUAAAGGUGCGUUCACACUGAGUGCUAAAGAGGCAAAUGAGGCAAGUUGUUUACAUACAAAGGCCCAAUCAGUCGGCGAUGCAAAUGGGGACUGGAUAUGGAUGUGAUGUAGGGUGAAGGAGUACAGUAGAGACACUUUUUAGUUAUAAACUCACCAGAGGUUGAUCUGUCCCUUUCCACUGGUACAGCAUUUCAUGACAGUGAGACAUAAGGAAGUAUCACUGGAAAUGAUGAUCUGGCCACAUAUCCUGGCAGUGGUACUGGCUAAACAGAGCAGACCUGGUGGCCCCAGUGAUGCUGGCAUCAACUUUGUUGUUCAGCUUCACAACACAGAAGACAAGACUUUACGAUGCGAGACUCUCAGCAUCAGAAAUAGCCAUAAUGCAGCACCAGUUUUCUGCUAGCAUAACCACAAGCUUGCAACUACAGUGAAUGAAUGUUGCAAAGAUUAUUUUGGGCAAAACUGGCAGAAAUCGUUCACUGGACAGUUUCUUUGAUGGCUUGACAUGUUUCACUACAAAAUUACAAAAAUAGAGCACAACUCUUGGAGUUUUUGUGUCACAUCUGUAGUUAUCUGAUGACGCUGACCCUGGUAGUCCUGUCUUUGUGAUCAAGCUGUACCAGCCAUUUAUCAUACUGAUGCAUAGCAUAUGUAUUACUAUGGUACAUACUGUGUAUACUUCUUAUUAGUAUGGCUGGCCAGGCUAGUAAUGAACAGGAAGUAAAGGCUGCAGGCGAGCACUGACCACAGAUCAGUAAUGGAGGAAAGAGCUAAUGAAUGUGUUGCUAUUGGGGAAGUUGUUCUUAUAUUCACAUGUCAGCUAGUAAUGGGGUUGUUGCUUCCAGCCAUGUUGAUGGGCAUGAUAGAAACAUCCGGAAAGAUUCCGACAUCAGAAACUGGGGAUCAGUCAUGUAAGGUAUAAGUUGUUUGUCAGAGCUGAUUCAAAAAAUGUGUUUCCAAUCUCCUGGUUUGCGCAAAAAUCACCUCAAAUGAACGUUAAAGCUCUUUUUUUCUUUUUUCAAAUGUUUUUGUUUCCAUUAAGCUUUUCUAAUGCAAUACUUCAACAUUUUUAAAGAAGCCGAUGGAAACACAUCUUCUUAGUGUAAUAAUGUUAUUAUCUUGCAGUCCUGGUAUGAGAGCUCAUUUUUGGCAUAAUGUUUCUUCUACAAUAUAUGAUUGGUUAGAAAUUUUGCAGUGGUCAGUCUUCUGACAUAUAUUGCUUUGGGACUUCCUGGGAGUUCUGUAUUGGAGUGGCUUGUAAAGUAUGAAAUAUUGACAAUGUUUUCGCUUGUAAGCAAAGGUAUCUUUUUUUUCAGAUUAUGAUCAAAACCUUAAACCUAGCACUACUUUUAGCCAUGCUCAGGUAAUAUCAGUUAGGUUAUUGCCACCCGCUGGCCUAGUGUUGGGAUAAUUUCCUUUUUUGAUUGGAAUAAAAAAUGGUGAAUGCUGUUUUUUUUU